UUUGUACAAGGGGUGAAAAGAAAAUUUCGUCGGAUUACAAAAGCAUUCUCAGAAGACGACUCCUCAGGCGAAGACCAUCAGCCAAUAGCUAAGCGUCUUCGAGCAUCUAAUGCAAGCAAGUCGCUUAAGACUUCAGAUUCUGGUAAAUCCCCGAGUAGCUCACAGUCGUCAUCUAAAGCUUCACCCAGAAUAAGAAAGCGUAUUCCAUUGAAGGAGUUGAACGUAUCUACUGAGUGUAAUACGUUAAGAGAACUAGAAAAUUCGAAUGAGUCUUUCAAUGAAGAUUUUGCUCACCCUGUCUUUCUGAGAAUGCUGUAUAAAGAAGAACUAGAAAUUUUUACAUGU